AUGUCGACGGAGUACCAAGUGGAAAUCCCGCAUGACAUAAUCAUCGAAAUUUGGUCAAGACUUCCGUCCAAGUCUCUACUCCGACUCAGAAGGCCGUGGUGGCUUAAUUUGCCGCCUCCUAUAAAACUCAAACUAAAUGGACAACACAGCACCGACUUAAAGAUUUCUCGUCCUCUCAACGGUUUAGUGUGUUUAUACUAUGGGCCUAACAACGGUGUUGAUCACGAUUCAUUAGUCUUAAACAUUACUACUCGGCAGCUUCCCGAGACUACAACAAAUGUCGGUCAUUUAUUUCUGUGUUUUGAUGAUAAGACUAAAACAUACAAAGUGUUACGUCUUUAUUGGGAAAAUGACGUACUAAAAGCUGCGAUUUAUACCCUUAAUGGAACCAACUCAUCAUGGAGGGAAGCAAUGGAUCCACCUAGAUUAUUUCUUAACAGAGGCAUCAGUUUAUCUGAUCCUCGCCCUCGUGUCAAUGGUACCAUGUAUUGGCUCGCUGUCGCGAGGGGUAUUGCCUACAUCAUCGCUUUUGAUAUGGCUGGUCGUGCUAAGAUGCUUGAUAUAGGGGGCAGAUUAGCACUCAUUCCGUGGGGUUCUACUGAAAUUCGGUUGCUAGAGGAAUGCCUAAAGAGCAAGUCAGUUGUGGUGAAAGAGAAGAUUUGUUUUCCGACAGUGCCUUUUGAGAAAAUAUCUGAUGGUAGAAACUGGGGAGUUUCGCCGACUGGGGAGGUGCUUUUGUUUGACUUGUAUGAUUCCAGAAAGAUUUAUUUCGAUUUAGACAAGAAGACAGCCAUAGUGGAACGAUAUCUUUGGUCCCAUCCAAACAAGCAAAUGAAACCUUGUAACCAACGCAGCUUACGCGACGACACAUAUAACCAUGUCAAAAACGUGUUCAUAUUCAACACGAAUAGGGAUGAUGUUCAACACCACCGUGAAAACUUCCUGAUCGUCGCAAUUCUGUUUUGUUUGUUGCCUCUUGUCAUGGCUAGAUACUUGUGUACACGUUAG